UCAAGAUGGCUGAAAAGGAGGAAGGGAAAGUUGUUGUGGCCAAAACACCGUAUGAACUUCAAAGAAUGAGGCUGGACAAGUUAAUGAAAAAUCCAACCAAACCAGUUUAUAUUGCUGAAAAGUCUAAAGAUUCUUCAAUGAGGGCUCCAUUGGAAUUUAUACGGAAUGUCUGGGGAUCAAGUGCUGGAGCAGGAAGUGGUGACUUCCAUGUGUAUCGAGGUGUGCGUCGAAGAGAAUAUGCCAGACAGAAAUUCCUGAAUGAAAAACAUUCAAAAGAAGACCAAGACGAAGAAUUUCAGGAUAGACUGGAAACCCACAAGAAGGAGGCUGAGGAGAGAACAGCAAAGAAAAGACAAAAGAGACUGAAGAAAAAGGCCAAAUUAAAAGCAAAGGCAAAGAAAAUGAAGAAGCAUAACUCUUCAAAGGGCCAGGUUGAUGAAAAUGAUGACGAAGAUGAAGAAAGUGAUGAGGAUAAUGAGGGAAGUGGUGAGAAAAGAGAUGAGAGUUGUGAGAAAAAUGGGGAAAGUUGUCCAAAAAGUGAGAACAGUUGUGAGAAACAGGAGAAACAUGUUGAGAAACAAGAGAAACAUGUUGAGAAACAGGAGAACACUUGUGACACUAGCAAUCCUGGUAGUGAAAAAGAUCGUUUGAGUAAUGGCUAAAAGAACAUCACCAAUGUAGAAGUUAUUUCAAAGUUUGCAAGGGAGAAAACCAAAUAGCCCAUUGCUGCUUGCAUCCAUGUAUUAAAUCAAAGAUGUCAUUAACGAGGAACAAGCAGCUGGUUUUUAUCAUCUGUUGAAUAUUUGGUGACCAGGAAGUGAAUUUUAAGCAAAAAGCUUACCAACCUGAUGGUGAUAUUUUUAAAAGUUAAUUUACACCUGUUGAUAGUCUACCCUGAUAACAGCCUCAUAUAGAUUUGUUCACAUAUUUCUAGUCUUAAUAACAUCACUGUGAAAUAUUAAGUAACUGCAAGUAAACAUGAAGGUUGCAUGGUACCAAUGAAGAGAGCGGUAUGUAACAGUAAUAAUAAAAGUUCAACAAAAUGCAUUCAGUUUAGUCCUGAUGAUUAAUAUUAGCAUUAUAUGACAGCUGGUAUCAUUGCAAGAAAUGAUGUCUUGGAACACCAAUAAUUUCAGAGAAAAAAAAAAUAUCUUUAAACCAAUAAUGUAAAUGAUUUUCUGAUACAUUUUAUUAUUAAACUUAACUAAACCAUUAACGUAGGAUUUGGCAAGCCUCAUCUGGUCUUGAAAUUCAUCAGAAAGUGUGGUGGCCCAAAACUAAAUAUCUGGGCCACUAAAGUUUAAUUUUCAGUGGCCCAAACAUGCUUUAGGUAGCCCAAACAUGAAAUAUUCAUAUUUCAGGUUUGUUUUUAAAUAACUGAAAACGUUUAAUUUUAAUUUUCUAAAACUAAUAUGCUUCAAUAAAGUAAUAUCGAUUUGAAGAACCACUUCCAGAUAGCAAAAAUAUCAAUAUAGGGCCUACAUGAUAUUGAAAUGAGAUGUUCAGAAUGGUUACGAACUGGAUCAGGAAGCCUUUGUUUUAUCAAGACUACAUCUAACUACAUCCAGUCUACACAAUCAUUGUACAUAAAUGGAUGUUGGGAAAUUAUGGUAUGACGAUAUGUUGUUUUGCGAACUAUGAGCAAAAAUUUUAAUGUGGAAUAAAUGUGCGAUUUACAGUUA